CUAUAUAUAUUAUCCCUGUAGUGUAGAGUUGGACACCCAUCACCAUCUUAGUUCGCUAUAUACUGAACAAGAAUCAAACCCCAAUCGCUCGAGCUUACAACUUUGUCCAUGGCAGGAAGCACUUUUUGGCUUGUUCUUCUAAUUGGGGUUUUUGGCUUUCUUUUGGUUCUAAUUCUAAACCACUUCUUGCCCUUAAUGUUGUUAAGGCUUAAUGGUACUCUUCCGCCUAAGGGCUCUUUUGGGUGGCCUCUGUUGGGAGAAACUCUUAGCUUCUUGAAGCCUCAUCCUUCUAAUUCUCUUGGUGCCUUCCUUAAACACCAUUGUUCUAGGUAUGGGAAAGUGUUCAAAUCCCAUUUGUUCUUGUCUCCCACAAUUGUGUCAUGUGAUCAAGAGCUGAACUACUUCAUACUUCAGAAUGAAGGUAAGUUGUUUGAAUGCAGCUAUCCAAAGCCUAUCCAUGGCAUCCUUGGAAAAUCCUCCAUGCUUGUGGCUGUAGGUGACACUCACAAAAGGCUCAGAAAUGUGGCUGUCUCCUUGGUCACCAUCACCAAGACCAAGCCUGAGUUUCUUAGUGACAUUGAAGCCACAGCCAUUGGCAUACUUCACUCUUGGAAAGAUAAAUCAAGAGUCAUCUUCUGUGAGGAAGCCAGAAAGUUCACAUUCAAUGUAAUAGUGAAGCAAGUGCUAGGUUUAACCCCAGUUGAGCCACAGGCUACACAAAUUCUUGAAGAUUUCCUGACUUUCAUGAGAGGGCUCAUUUCUCUUCCUCUCUAUAUUCCUGGAACCCCAUAUGCAAGAGCUGUUAAGGCUAGAAGCAGGAUAUCUUCAACUGUGAAAGCAAUCAUAGAGGAAAGAAGAAGAAAUGCAGAUGGGAGCACGAAUUCUUGUACUAAAAGAAGUGAUUUCCUUGAGAUACUUCUGGAUGUUGAUUCCUUGUCUGAAGAUGAGAAAGUGAGUUUUAUCUUGGAUUCUCUAUUGGGUGGCUAUGAAACCACCUCUCUCUUGAUGGCCAUGGUAGUUUAUUUUCUAGCCCAAUCACCAUCUGCAUUACAACGAUUAAAGGUAGAGCAUCAGAACAUUAGAAGAGUGAAGCAGAAAGAUGAGUAUCUGAACUGGGACGACUAUAAAAAAAUGGAAUUCACCCAAAAUGUCAUUAACGAAGCUCUCAGAUGUGGAAACGUUGUAAAAUUCGUGCACCGAAAGGCUCUCAAAGAUGUAAAAUUUAGAGAUUAUUUAAUUCCAUCUGGCUGGAAAGUUUUACCAGUUUUUAGUGCAGCUCAUUUAGACCCUUCUCUUCAUGCAAGUGCUCUUGAGUUUGAUCCUUGGAGAUGGGAGAAAAUACCAAGCCAAGACCAUGUAUGCAAGAAAUUUACUCCCUUCGGUGGAGGGUCUAGAUGCUGUCCUGGAUCUGAACUUGGGAAGCUUGAAGUUGCUGUUUUUCUCCACCACCUUGUACAGAAUUUCAGGUGGAGGACCGAGGACGACGACGAACCCGUAGCGUUUCCAUACGUAGAAUUUCAAAGAGGAUUGCCACUGUACCUGGAGCAUUGCCCCCAUUAACUGAUGCAUGGCAAGCUUGCUGUGACCAUCUCUUAAUUUCUUCUCUCUCUCUCUCUCUCUCUGCUGGUGUUUGGAGUCUUGGAGAUGGGCACCUACCCGAGUAUAUUUUUGGUGGAUCUAGGCCUCUGAUUCCAUAUGCUACAUAAAUUUCAGAUUGAAAAGUUCUAAUUCUGUAAAUUUCAAUUUCUUCCAAUUGUUUCUUUACAUAAAUGAUGAUAAUCUCUCCUUCUUCUC